AUGGAGGUAGAAGAACACCAUGAUGGCGAAGAAGCGGCUGCAACAAUUCAAACUCUCCAGACUGGUGGUGGUAGUAGUCUACCGACACGGGGCCCAGAUGAAAAAGCCACAUCCUCGAGUUCAACAUCAUCGUUUUCGUCAUCGGCGGUAGUAGAUAAUGGAGAUAAUGGCAGGUAUACGCGCUGUGCACUAAAUAUGGCUUUUCCGAGCACACAUCCUCCCCGACAACAAACACUUGUGCCGCCGUUACCAAGUACAAUCCAUUUUCCUACACUGUCAUUUAUGGGUCCAGCACAGCUAAAACCAAUUGAUCUGAGUACGCCGCUGUCAGUGACCAGCAUGACUCUAGAUCCGGAUAUUGCCAGCAGAAUUCAAGCCAUGUAUGUGGACAGAGAAAUGUCUGUAUAUGCACCCAAGUCAUCAAAGUCCAGAGCCAUUGUGCCUGUAUACUGUCGACAUCAACUCUGGCCUAAUAGGAAGCAUGUUUUCUCAAAACUAGGAGUGCCUUGUAUUUCAGACAGGCAACUAUUGACAGCUGUUAGAAAUGCAGACUCAUCAAAAGUGUUGCACUACUUAGAAGAAGGUGCUGAUCCUAAUGUAUCAGACAGCAAAGGCAGGACUCCCCUACACAUAGCAGCAUCCCAAGGUUUAAGUGAUAUAGCAAGUCAUUUGCUGUCAUGGAGAGCUGACCCAAACAGGAAGGAUAUUUUGGAAAACACCCCACUUCACCUGGCUGCAUGUCGGGGUGACACUCGUGUAGUGAACAUUUUAUUAAGAAAUGGUGCUAACAUCAAUCUGAAGGACGGGGUUGGUCGGACACCACUGUGCAUUGUUCAGUCAAGACUGGGGACACUCAGACGAGAUAGGAGUAUAUCUACGGACAAACUCAUCAGUGAAUGUCAAAUGAUAAGUGAUAUACUGAGAAUUCACUGCAGCAUCCAGCCCUAUCGCAGUGUGCAAGCAGAUGUGCAUUCAAUAGCAGCAGAGAAUGUGCUGUCAGCUUCAGCUAUUGAUGACUUAUGCAGCAUGAUGAAAACCAUCUCUACCCGAGAGCAGGCCGACGAGAUUGCUGAUACAAUGAUUGAAACCAUGUCACAGUUACGUAUCAAAGCCGAGGAAGAACAGCAGCGGAAAUACUAUCUUUCUAUUCUGUGA